CGUUCGGUGUGAAAGUAGAAAAAACAUGGCAGCCUGCGUUAAUGUAGAACGUACGAUAAGCCGGUUGCUUUUUGUGACAUGGCUUCUCACAUUUAUUGUUGCUAUCGUUGAAGCGUCAGGAAUUUCUGACUUACGGCUGUGUGGAGAUACAAACUGUGAAAAAAUUAUAUCUUAUGCCCGAGCAUUAGGUAAAUUCAGACAAAAUGAUCCCUUAUUCCUGACCUUUGAAAGAGAUGAUAUAGUACAUAUUCUAAGUAAAUCAGCAGGUCAAAAGCCAGACCUUUGGGGAGGAGAGGUUCGUGGAAAGAAAGGCUAUUUCCCACGGUCAUUCGUGAAGGAAUACAAAGUUGACGUACCCAACCCACAACACGUAAUAAAAACAGAGAAAAGAUUAUCUAUAGAGGAAAGAAUGAUGAGGAAUGAGUUUGAUACAGAACUUGAAGAUGAUACAGAGAUUGGCGAUGAUACAGAGAUUGGCGAUGAAACAGAAGCUGUGGAAGAAGAGAACGAUGCAGGAGAUGUUGAAACCCCUAUAAAAAAAGAACCAGAACAGAAAUCUACACAGAAAGAUGAAGAAGCUGAUGAUACGGAAAUAGAUGAGACUGAAUUAGGAGAAGAUGGUGAUGAUGUAGAGGAAGUGGAAGAAAGUGAAGAUUCCACGGAGGUACCAUCAGAAGAAAUGACAGAAGAGGAAAAUGGCAAGGAUGUUUUUGAUUUUGACGAUAUAAAAGCAAAAAAUAUCUUAAAUCAUAUCAAUGACUUUGAUGAGGAGAUAUUUCCAAUACUUAUUGACGAAGCCAAUGAUGCAAAAGUUAAAAUUGAAGAAUUGAAUAAAAUCCUGUUGACAAAAUCUCCAACACCAUAUGAAGGAAAGAUUGAGGAGAGUGCUUCUGGUGAGAAAUUGGAGUCAACACAGCAGGCAGCUCAGCCACCCCAACACACAGAUUCAACACAGCAGACAGCUUCAACACCCCAACACACAGAUUCAACACAGCAGGCAGCUCAGACACCCCCACACACAACUUCAACACAGCAGGCAGCUGAGACACCCCAACACUCAGAUCCAACACAGCAGACAGCACAGCCUCCCCAACACACAGAUUCACCACAGCAGGCAGCUCAGACCCCCCAACACAAAGAUUCAGCACAGCAGGCAGAUUCAACACAGCAGGCGGCUCAGACACCCCAACACACAGAUUCAGCACAGCAGGCAGCUCAGACACAUCAACACACCACUCAAGUAGACAAACCUGCAGAGGAAGCUACACUGGUAAAGGAAGAGGAAGUUCAGAAAAAUGAGGAAGAGUUUGAUGAAACAGAUAUUGGAGAUGAAGAAGAGGAGGAGGAAGAAGAAGAUGUCAUAUCAGAUGUUAAGGCAAAUUUAAAGAAAGUAGAACAAACAUCAAAGGGUGAUACCACUGAUAAAGAUGGGAGUCAGUUACUACCAGAGGAAAAUCUCAAAGUCGUCGCCACUCCUAAAUCUGAGGACUUGAAACAAAUGUCUUCAUCAGAAGAUGGUUCUAAAACAGAAGAUCAUGGAGCUGAUAAACAGGCAGAUGAUGUAAAGACCAUCACACCUGCAGAUGCUCAGAAAGAGGAUGAAAAUAACAUGGAAAAAAAAUCUGAAAGUACACAGGCAGGUCACGACCAUCAUGGGACAAAACCUUUAGAUUUUGUACAGGCUCAAGUAGAUGAUGCAAUGAAAAAAAUGGAAACGACAGAAAACAAAAAAGAACAACCAGGAGCUGGAGUCAAAGUAAACGACCAGUCUGUGGAGGGAGUCAAAGUGAUGGAACAGCCUGUAGAUCAGGGAGUCAGAGAAAUGGACCAGUCAGCAGCUGGAGUCAAAGUGAAAGACCAGUCUGUAGAGGGAGUCAAAGUGAUGGAACAGCCUACAAAGGGAAUCAAAGUAGAGGAACAGCUUGUAGAUCAAGGAGUCAAAGAAAUGGAACAGCCAGCAGCAGGAGUCAAAGAAAUGGAACAGCCCACAGAGACUAUUGAAAAAGAGGAAAAUACAAAAGAACACCACAAAGAAACAAAACAGAUUGAAGAGCCUGCAAUCAAAGAGACAGAUUUAAAGGUGGAAAUCAAAGAAUUGGAACAACCGUUAGUUCAACAGAGAAGACAAGCUUCAAGUGAGAACAAAAUGGCAUCAGAAGAAAAACUUGCAGAUGUUCCAGUAAAAGAGGAAACAACAGAAAGUGCAAAAAUGGCAGAAACAGACAGUUUCAAAAGUUCAGAAGGUAAUCAGCAGCUUUUGCCAUCAUCUGCCAGUGAUAUAUCUGCCACACAAGCAGCUGAAGCAGAGGCCCCACCUGGAUACACGAUUAUAGAUGGGACACCUUUCCCUCUUGAUAUGCUAGAUGAUACAGCCAUGGAUGCACCUUCACCUGUAAUAGAGGAACUCAAAACAAGAAUCCCUGAUCAGCCCUCCUCAUCUCUAGACAUUGUCCCAACUGCUUCUUUUUCAGAAUCUGUACAUGUAACUGCAAACCCUUCACAGCCUUUAAAUACUGACAAUCAUUUGGAAGUGCCACCUUUCCAAGAACCUGUCCAGUCCAACAUUCAAGAAUCCAUUUCACAGCACCCAUCUUUCACUGUGAGUGAAGCCACUAGCCUUUCUUCCAGUGAGACAACUUCCUUGUCAGACAGACUACUGCAAAGUUCUGAUACAACAAAUGGAUCUCCAAGUGAAAUGGUGACAGAAAAUCUGCAUGCAUCCAUGAGUGUAUCUGAACAACUUUUGUCAUCAAUGGAUGUAAGUGUGGAUAUGGAAGAAAAACCUACCAGUGCAGACAACAAUGUUUUAAACAGAGAUACAGUGCAUCAGAACCUUACACAUCCAGACUCUUCAGAAACAUUGGUUCCAAAGCCAGACUCAAACAAAGACAUGUAUGCAACUGUAGACUUUCUUUCCAGGAAAGUAUUAUCCCAUGAUGGGUCACAAGGGAGUAUGCCAUCUACAAAUGGACAGCCUCAAAAUGGAGUCAAUGUUCCUCCUGUUAGUCAAGAAGAACCAGAUAAACAGGUUCGGUCAGAAACUUUGCCAAAUAUUGAUGACACAGGGUCUGCAUCACAGAAUGUUGACACUGGGUCUGUCCCAAACCUACAGACAGAUAAAGAUCAAGGUGUCACUCCACCUACCACAGAUUCUCCCAACGAGAUCCCACCGCCACUCGUGGAGGACAAACCAACUGCAACAGUCCUUCCAUGGCAGCAGGAAACCACAGCCACUCCCGAAGAUUUGACAGGAAAGGAAGGGGAAUACAACACAGACCCACAGUGGUCCCGAAAAAUUGAUGUUGAGAGUAUUGGAGCACAGGAAGACAAGGCAUACCAAGAAGACACCUGGUGGGUUAGAACUGUCAGGAGUAUGGAAGCAAGGCUCAAGGUUCUGGUUGUCAAGUUACCUCCCUCGGUCCAGUCUCUGCUGGAACAGGAACCACUGGGUCUGUCCCCACAGAUGGCUAUCUUUGUCACCAUGCUGAUGACCUUCACACUAUUUAUCGUGACCUGUUGUGGAUUGCUCAAGGGUAAAAAAUCCAAGAAAAAGGAUCCUGUUUUGGUUGUCCGAAGCCUGGAGGAGCAGUUGUUCAUCAUGACAAAGGAAAAGGAGAACUUGGAGGAUGACUUACAGAGCACGAAACAGAAAAUGAAAGACCUGGCGAAGGACCUGACUGUGCACCAGUCCUCUUCUGGAGAUUUAGAAUCAGAACUCCAGAACCACAGGCUCCAUGUUGAUGUGCUCAAACAAAAGCUGGGAACCCUGGAACAGGAGAAGGAUGAAUUAACCGUGGAGAUUCGUGAGAAGCAACAAAAUGCACAGUCAGAACAUGAAAGUGCCUCAGAGCUCCAUAAAAAAAUCAUACAAAAGGAUAAAAUGCUGAAGGAACUCAGUGAUCUACAAGAAAAGACAAAUCAAAGGCUCUCAGAAACACUUGUGGAGCUGGAAAAUCAAACCUCACAACUUCAGGGCACUGCUGAACAAGUACAGCACUUAGAAACUAGGAAACAACAGCUACUGCAAGAAGUGGAAGGAUGGAAAGAAAAUGCACAGGACCUGUCGGAUCGCUUAGAUCUGUCUUUGUCAGAACAAAGUAAAAUGCAGGAGGACCUGGCCUUUAAACAAAAUGAACUAGAGGUUCUGAGGGAUUGUUUUCUGCAGUUAAAGGCUUUUGAAACCGAGGACGAUGAAGAUACAGAUCAGUUAGAUUCUGAAAGUAUUCAAGAAAAAUUCCGUGCCAUGUUGGAUGUAUCUAAGGUAAAAGCAUCUCUGCAAUCAUUAGAAGAUGAGAAAGUCACAUUACAAAACAAGGUCGACAUAGAGAUAGAAUGUCGACAGGAGAUGGAAGAACAAAUUGCCAGCCUCCAAGCAAAACUGGAGAGUUUCCAAGCUGACAAAAUGAAAGCUGAUCGACAGAGUCAUGAUGCUCAGACCAAACUUAAUGUUUUGACCCACUACUUCAAAGAGAAAGAGGUUCAAUUACAACGAGAGUUAGGUGAGCAGGAAGCAUUGAAGAAGCAGAAUAAGAAUAGACUGGAACAUGCAGAUGAGAGGAGUAAAAUGGUGGAAGCAGAGUUAGAAACCUACAGGUCACAAGCUGAAGAUUUAAAGAAGGAAAUACUUUCAGCAGAGAGAGAUUUUAGGUCUCAGAUUGCAGCUAAUGAAAAGAAAGCUCAUGAAAAUUGGCUGGCGUCUCGGACAGCGGAGAGAGAACUGAAGGAGGCACGGCAUGAGUCUACAGUGUUACGGCAGAAAUUGACAGAUCUUGAGAGGCGACUACACCAUGGGCCAAGUGGGCUCCUACGGCCCCUCCCCACGCGGGGCAUGCCACCACCAGGCAUGAAUGGGCCACCUCCUCUACCCCCAGGAGUAGACAGACCAGGACCCCCGGGCAUCAGGGACGGAGAUUUCCUAGGCUCUCCAGGCCCUGAGCGGAUGCCUCCACCUUCUAUGCAUGAACGGCGAAUGCCCCCUCCCGGGAUGAUGGGCCCCAGGAUGCCACCCCCUCCAUUGGAUGGCCGUUCUCCGCCCCCUUACGACCGAAGAGGCCCUCCUCCUCCAGACAGAAGGUCUCCACCUCCAUAUGAACGUGGGCUGAGGAUGCCUCCUCCUCCUCAUAUGGAUCGUAGAUCCCCGGGCUAUAGAAUGCCUCCGCCAGACAUGCUUCCUCGUAUGAGGGGACCUCCUCCUCCACAUCUACGUGGGGGGCCUACUUCUCCUCUCCCUCAUGGUAUGGGGCUCCCUCCUGAUGGUAGACCUGGCCCCGGAAUCCCCCCUUACCACCCCCCUCCUCCAGGCCAAGAUCCCGACCACAAGCCAAGACAACAAAGUCAGGUGUGAGACUUCAUUAAUAUACCAGUGGACAGGGCUGUUCACUGCCUCAGAGGAGCAUCUAGUUCCAGCAUCAUUUCUGUCAAAUAUAGGACUGAAUAACUAUAUUAACAGUGGCUACAUCAGAACGAGUUUAAUAUCUAUAAUUGGAUGUGUAAUGUUAUAAUUACAUUAACGUUAUUUAAACCACUGAUAGAUGAAAUGUGAUUUUUGCAUAAUAAGCAUCUGUCCAUUUCCGUGUUGUGAUAUAGUUUUAUUUAUCAGUAGAAUGAGGUGUAGAAGACUGCGACCGUGUGAGACACACUGGGAUUCUUACACUGGGCUGUUGCAAUAUUACCAAACUGUCUCGAUCUCAGUUAUACAUAAAUCCUGUUUGUACGGCGGUGUGACCAACCCGUUAAAGUGUAUUCAGACUGCUGUUGAAACUAUACAGGUCCCUCUACACUAGUAGGUGAUGGAAUGAAUUAGCCAUUUCCCAUGUUUGUAACACAUAGAGAGGUCUUGAAUUGCACUCGCGUCAUCAUUUGUCAGGAUUGUGUAUGGCAACUUUAGGGGGAUUAACCCUACUCUGAAUCAUGUGUAGAUUCAGCCUACUACCAGGUACAAUGUGACCUAACCCACAGCCAAUCAUGGUUUAUAAACAGACCCAGCCUACUUAAAAGUUGGCUUAUCCCACACUGAAUCAUGAUUGUGGACAGAUCAGUAGUUUUCUUAAGUAAUUUGAUUCUGUUCUUAAGUGUUAUGUUUUCACAUAAGUUUGAACUGAAGUUAUGUUUUUAACUAGUAUCUGAUUUUGAAAUGGCUAGUCGGAAUAGAUUGCAAUUUUCAAAAAUCAGAAUUGGACAAAGUGAAGAUGGAAAAUGGCAAAAAUAGAAUAAAAUGGUAUGCUAAAUGAUAGGACGCUAAUGUUGUACACGUCACAUUAUGUAGACAUUCAGCAUUAAAUAUACAGUAGUUGGUGAUUAUUGCUUGUUGGCUAUAGUGCUAGAAAUUCAUUGUUGAAAAACUUUUUUUUUUUAAUAUUUGAUAUAUAAUAUUGUUGUCACAUCUUUGUUACUUGUCAAUACAGAGGUUUUUACCUUUUGUCAUUCCUACAAAUAUUAACUAACAUUACUGUGUCUGUGAGAACAGCAUUAUUACAGGGUCAAGUACAAUCUUGUAGGAGUUAGUGAUCACAUUCCUUUGUAUAGAAAUGGAGAUGACAUUGUGUGGGAGCUUAUGACUUAUUUAGAGCUGAUUAUUCUCAGUUGUGAAGGUUAUUCUCAGUUGUGAAGGUUCUAAAUUAAACUACCUGUUAAAUGUAAAAUAAUUGCCAUUUCAACUGUUUCUUUAAAGCUGAAAAUAAUUGUAUUUUUUUGCGUAACAUUACAUAUGUUAAAGGUAUUUGCGACUCAAUAUCAGUACAUGUAUUGUAAAAUGUUCCAUCUAUAUUCAAGCUGGUACCUCUACAUAUAGGUAUUUUAUUGGGUCUACUGUAAAGUCUAGUCAUUUGGUUACUAUACUUAAUUAAGUGCUAUUUUGAUAUCAAUAGUUUGAAUAUUGACAAAGUUAACCUCUCUAUAAAGACCACCAAAGACAGUGCAAAUAGUCUUAAUAUACAGGUGUCAUAGACAGGUUAUUAUAAAAAUAAUGAUACAUAUUUUUUUUAAGAUGGUAGUUCUAUACAGGUGAUUCUGCAUAAUUCACUGAAAUACUGAUAGAAUAUCUGUCCACACAACUUUUGAAAAGGCUAUUUGGUAUACACAUUGUAUACGUAUUUUGUAUGAAAAUUAUAUAUAUUUUGUAUAUACCUGUAAAAAAAAAGAUGAAGUACCCUUCCUAUUUGUCCCAAGGAAUUCAUGUUAAAAAAGCUCAAAUAUUUUAUCCAUUAAAUUCGAAUUUCUUUCAGUAAAUAAAUAUACUUUUAAACAAUAUUUUACACCUUGGUAUUAUAAACAAAUAUACAGAAAUGCGUAGAGUAAUCUGUAAAAUAAGUGUUCAGAGCUGGACUCUUUAUGUUACAUCUAGUAUUCACACUGUAUAUACUGUACUAUAGUAUUGAAUUACUGUCUGUGCCAUCACAUCACGCUACUGGAUACAUUUUAAUUGUUAAGUGCUUUUAUGUAAAAUAAAUAUGCUUAUGUAUCUCUCAAAAUAUCUCUGUAUACAGGUUGGAAUUUGUCAAGUUAAAUUUGCAUUUAUGUUGAAAAAUACAAAUUAAUGUAGUAAGUGUACUCAUUAAAAUUUUGAAAUUGUUUAGGAAUCCAGUAUUACAAAUAUGUUAAAUUCUUACAAUUCUUCAUAUCAGAAAAAGCACUGCUUUGAAAAUGACAUCUUUCAUAUGCUUCCAGUCUAUAAUUGCCAAAACUUGUGAAACCUAGUGUACAUUAUGAUGUAUGCAUGUACAUGUAUUUGACAUGGGUAAUAUUCAUUAUGCACCAACUAUAUAGCUACCAUCAAGUCAUAUUAUGCAAUUUUGAACAAUACGAGGUCAAAUCCAAUUUUGAUGAACCAGUUCUUUAUGUUGGGGAAAGUAUCAGUAUACUUGUACUGCAACAGUUUUGUGUUCAUAGACCUUUUUACAGAUUGUUGUUUUGAGUAAAAACAAUUCUUGUGAAACCAAUAUUACCAAGAUGUUCAUUAUCUACAACAUGGUAUUGCCAUGCUCAUGUCAACCUUAAGUGUAAUUCAGGUCGGUUAGUUCUAAUACACUUGCCUUUGGUGUCAUUCUGCCCAUGUGUCAACAUUUAGCUUGUCUGCAGCUUCUUGACUGAAGCUUUAACCAGUUUGAAGCUCUUGACAUCAAUCUGUAUAGCCCAUUUGAAGGUCAAGGUCACAUUAAAGGUCAUGGUCACAGGUAUAUAAUCUUAACAUGAUGAUGAACAAGUUGUACAUUUGAAAUGUCCACAGGUUUCUGACUAAACGUUUUGACAAAAUUUCAUGAAACAAUUAUUCCUGACAUCAAUCUGGUGACCAAGCGAAGGUCAAGGACAUGGCUACAAAAUUAACAUCAUGAAAUUUUCAACAAAGUUUCACAGACUCGUUCCAUAUUUUCGGAAUUGGAUACAAGCCCUAUGUACAAGGAUGUCUUGAUUUUUUCAGUGUAGCCUCUAAAAGUCUGUAUCUGCUACAGUUACGAAGAGAAACUUAGAGUGUUAGUAUUUUUCCAUUAAGUAUAGAAUAGUUCAGUUGUUCAAUUAUUAUUCAUUAUUAAUCAGAUCUAUUUGCAGAUUUUUUAAAACCCAUAUCAAACCGAACACUUGACGACACAAUGGUAAAAUACACUGUUAAGGACUUUCUUAGUCUUUGUUGAUAUUAAGGCAAAUCAUGAUGAUGAAAAACAAAGUUGUAGUUUAAAAUACCAAACCAAUAGAAAUAUUGUUGUAUAUAAGUAUGAGGACUACAAAUUGAGUAGAAAGUGUAUAUUUUGUAAUGAAGAUGCAUGUUUAAUUUAAAGGUGAAGAGUACUUGGUUUUGUCCGAGCUAGAGGUGUACAUAGACUGAAUGACUGAGGUGAAGGAAUGAGAGAGACGUAUGUUAUAUCAGAGUUCACAUGUUGAUGAUUGAAGUAGCAAUGACUAUUUAUUUCUGUUUGUGAGGGUAAACAGGUGAUUUUGUGUUGAUAUUCUUAUGUCAAAAGAAAACAAGGUUGAAUGAAUAAGAAUGAUAUUAUGAUACAUUUAGUAUUAUUAUUCUCAAAAAACAAUUGAAAGAAAUAUAAAAUAAUUACAAAAUGUUC